AGACAUGCACGUUGAAAAACAAGUCUGGUAAUAACCGUUGGAAAUCAUGGGAAUGGAAAACACACCUCCUCUCUCCUCUGCAUAUCACCUCUCUCUCCUCAUCCUCUCUUUCUCUCUCUAAAUUUAGAUUCAAUUCACAAUUUUAUCGUCCAUUCAUGGUUCUCUAAUUUCUUUCCCAAUUUCAAUCCACAGCUCCAAAAAUGGACAUUCUCUUCUAAAUUCAAUCCUGUUCACUUCUCCUCCCUCCUCUCACCGGCCCACUAUGGGGAGGGCUUCUCCACUGGAUGACGAGGAGGACCUCCAGAUCACCGUCCAUCCCGGCCGCGGCCCCCCCGCCGACCACCACCGCUCUCCCACCCGUCCUCCUCGCCGCCCUCCUCCCCCCACCACCCCUAUCUAUCAGCCCUUCAAGAAGCAUUUCCCUUGGUUAGUCCCCCUUUUUGUAGUCGCCAAUAUUGUUCUCUUCGCGAUCGCUAUGUAUAUCAAUGAUUGUCCUCGAAAUUCCCACAAUUGUUUGGCUGCUGACAUUCUAGGCCGAUUCGCUUUUCAGAACCUUAAGGAAAAUCCCCUCCUUGGACCCUCUGGCUCAACCCUACAGCUUAUGGGGGCUUUGGAAGUGAAGAAAGUAGUUGAAAAUCACGAGGUAUGGCGCCUGAUCAGUUGUACAUGGUUACAUGCAGGACUCUUCCAUGUUCUCGCCAAUAUGUUGAGUCUGGUAUUUGUUGGCAUUCGACUUGAGCAGGAGUUUGGGUUUGGCGGGAGCUUGUCGUCAUCUUUGUUCAUCCGGACAACAAUUUCCGUUGGUGCCUCUGGUGCACUAUUUGGUUUACUUGGAGGCAUGCUUUCAGAACUCCUUACAAAUUGGACGAUAUAUGCCAAUAAAUUCGCAGCGCUAUUGACUCUCAUUCUCAUCAUUGCAAUUAAUUUAGCAGUAGGAAUCUUGCCACAUGUGGACAACUAUGCACAUAUUGGAGGAUUUAUUACCGGAUUUCUCCUUGGGUUUGUGGUUUUGAUUCGACCACAGUAUGCAUGGGUGAGGCAAAGACAUACUCCUCCUCGUUACCAUGGGAACUCAUCUAAACCUAAAUACAAGAUGUAUCAGUUUGUAUUGCUCGUUCUCUCUCUCAUAAUUCUUACUGCCAGCUUUACUAUUGGCAUGGUUUUACUCCUCCGAGGGGUUGAUGGGAAUCAAUACUGUUCUUGGUGUCAUUAUAUGAGCUGUGUCCCUACCUCUUUAUGGAAAUGCAAACCAGACGAAGUCUAUUGCGAGGUAACUCAUUCUGCCAAUUUUAUUGUCUUCUUUUUGGUGCUUACUUUUCCAUUAAUUCUCAUUCCCUGCCUCUCUCCCUCUCUCCCUCUCUCUCUCUCACAUGCGUGCCCAUACACAAUAUUCAAAUCUAACAUACAAUGAAACAAAGAGAUGUUUGCAUCAUGUUGUCAUGGACACUCUCAAAUAAAUCUAGUGGGAUUACUCUUUCACAACACCUCUUUGUUUUUGAU